CGAAUACCAGAUAAUUCGCAAAUCGACGGCCUUGACCCUUCCUCUACUGUCAAACUUCACAGAUCAGUGUACCUUUAAUAAUGGAUUCUUAUCCCAGUCCUCGGGAAGACUCUAGGCCUCCGGUGGAUUCCUACAGGCGACGAUCUCCUGGUCCAGCCGGCCGAAACAGGCAAAGCCGUGGACGUUCCCGGUCGCCGCAGAACAUCGAUAGAUACCAGCCUGAUCGCACCCGCGACUAUGAGCAUCGAGGCCGAGAUGGCACUCGCCGUCGAUCGUCACCCUUACCAGUCCAGCCUGGCAUCGACAGAUAUGUUCCCGGUCAAGAGACCUUCACUCCAACCUUUACGGUCAAUCCACUUCAAAAUCCCAUGUCUCUCGAAUAUCAAGUAGGAUUCAAUUACUUCGCCGAGUGGUGGCGUGUAGAGCAGAUCAUGAAGGAGGAGCGAGAGCGCGCUAAAAAUGGUGGUCGGAAGCCCGUACUUAAGGGUGAGCGUGAGGCUAGAGAAGAGCGUGGCAAAGAACGCGAACAGAUCCAGGCCGCCUAUGACGCCUACAAAGAGAAACUCCAGGUCCAGAUGGCCAAGACAUUCGUCGAGAAACACAAGGACGAGGAAUGGUUCAAGGAGCGAUACAAUCCUGAGUAUCUAGGCAUACUACGCCAGAAGCUCCGAGAAUACCGCCACGGCAUUUACCAGGAUUGGGAACGUCAAUUGGACGAAGGUGUUUUCGAUGAAUUCACCCUUGAAGGCAUUUACAAGAACGAAUCCAACGGUGCUGGCGGUAUUGUUGAGAAGGAAGAGGGAGAAGCAACCGCAGCAAAUGAAGUUCUUGGCGUUGGUGACUUACUGCCCUGCAAAGGCGGCGAGCUUCGAGACGAAGCUGCCCUCCAGCCCACCCUCCUAAUCAAGACAAUCGCUCCCACUGUUAAUCGAGAGAAGGUCGAAGAUUUCUGCAAAGAGCACCUUGGAGAAGGUCCUGGCGGGUUCAAAUGGCUCAGUCUCAGCGACCCAAACCCGCUCAAGAAAUGCCAUCGCAUUGGAUGGGUCAUUCUCCACCCUAGUGACGAUCAGCCAAUGCUUACAGAUGAUCGCGGUGACGGGCGUGAGGAAGAGGGUGAGGAGGUAGAAUUGAGGCUGGAAACCGAUGCGCCUGGCACUCUGUUAGGAACCGCUCAGAAGGCACUUGAAGCUCUGAAUGGCAAGACUGUUAUUGAUGAUGCGCGUGGUAACUUUACAUGCCACGUUGGAGUUCAUGAGCCACCUGCUGCACCACGGAAAAAGGCACUCUGGGACCUUUUCUCUGCGCCCGAGAGGAUUGAGCGUGACUUGCAAUUAGCCGAGCGUCUUGUCGGAAAGAUGGACCUUGAGGCCAAUGAGGGUCUAGAUGAUGAUCAAGCUCACGAUGGCGUUGGGAAGAUUACUCAGCGGGUCGACGAUCUCCGAUCUAAGGGAUGGCUUCAACCACCUGCCAAUGCCCCAACAACCGUAAAGAAGGAGAAGGAGCCAGAAGAAUUGGAAGAAGGUGAAGAUGAGGCAAUGGAAGAUGAAGAAGAGGGUCUCUACGAUGAUGAAGUUGAUGACGAAGAACUGCUCGCUAAGAAGAAGAAGCUUGACUUGCUGAUCGAGUAUCUUAGACGGGUCUACAACUUCUGCUUCUUCUGCGUAUUCGAGAGCGAUUCCGUGCACGAAUUGAUCCGGAAGUGCGCCGGCGGCCAUCUGCGCCGACCACGAUCCAGCCUCACCACUGCCGCAAAGGCGACUGCCAGGGCUACGGCAACCGGACAACAGUUCCCUUAUAAAAAGCAGGAAUCAUCUGGAGAUGCAGAGAUGGAGGAUGGCAUAGUUGAGGAGAAGAAGGGACCCAAGCUUAGCGGUAAGACUCAACAGCAACUCCAGAGGGCAUUCAACUGGGUGAAGACCUACGAAGAUAAGCUCCUGCAGCUUCUUGAACCGGAGAGCGUCGAUCUCAAGAAACUUGGUGGGAAGCCAUUGGAGGAAGCCAUUGAAGACGAACUAAGCAGGUUCGUUAAGCAAGAGGACGAAUCAAAGUGGCGCUGCAAGGUUCCUGAAUGUACGAAGCUAUUCAAGGGUCAGCACUUCUGGCGCAAGCAUGUCGAGAAGCGACAUACUGAGUGGUUCGAGAAGCUGAAGCACGAUAUCAAUCUUGUGAAUACUUACGUCCUCGACCCUGCGCACAUCGCUCCCUCUCGUAGCGACGCCAAUAGCAACGGCCACUUCCCAAUGGGCAACCAUGUCGCAGCUGGUACUCCUCGAGGGUUCAAUCUUGCGAACAUGCCGUUCGGUCUUGCUGGAAAUAGUGUACAGAAUGGAUUCAAUCUACAGGCACUAUUCAAUCCGGCAGGGCUAGGUGGUGCUGGCAACUGGGGUCCAGGAUUUGGUGACGAUGACCGACAUCAAUCUGGACCAACACGCCGUGGUGGCCACCGCUUCAACAACCGAAGUGGACCGUAUGACCGACAACAGCGGGAUGGACGAAGUGGUAGACCCAACGGCGGCAACGGGCGCUUGACGCCUCCCCCACGUGGUGGGCGAGGUGGUGGAGGCCCCCGAUACGGCGAGGGUGGACCAGGAAACAUUCAGUCGACCCAGGGUCGUUCCAUCCGGAGUUACGAAGACCUUGAUGCCGUCAGUGGUGGCAACACGGAGCUGAAUUACUAGACGCUGGGAGAUAUUGUGGCUGUGAAUGCUGCAGGUGCCGGCGUUGGUUCGUCUCAAAUGCAGGUGGUUUCUUUUCCAUGUGCGAUACUCGACCACU